CAUUCACCAAUAUCUUUAAUAAUGAACUCUUUCAUCUUGAUUAGUUUUGACAUCAAUGACGGUUGGGGCUACAAUACUCCAUACGCUUAUGCAUGAUUCACGCUUCAAAAAGUCCACAACUAAUGAACUAUUAAAAUCACAUUGGAUUUGUUCCCAUGGAAUUGUACUCAAGGUCAAUAAACCGCAAUUGCAACGGAUUCAUCGUAACGGAAAUGUGACCCAGCGGUUGUCAAUUCCAAUUUACCAGCCACCAGGGAGAUGGAGCUUCUGUCAGAGCCACUUUUGUUCUAACGGAAGUUUGGUGUAGUGGUUUUGGAUGCACUAUUGGUGUUGCUUAUACAUUUUAAUUUGGGUUUUGUUGGAACCUCCAAAUCAAAUUUGACACAUGACAGCUAAGUUGGGGUGGUCCCAAUAAUAGUUACCUUUGUUAUCUUAAUUCUUAGCAUGUGAUCACUAAUCUCUUUUAUUAUUCUAAUGUUAAUUUCUUGUCAGGUUUUUACAAAAACUAGGAUUUUUAUAGUUAUAGUAUUAAUGUAAGUUAAGAGUGACUAAAAUAUAAUUCCCAAUGUGGACAAUUCUCUAGAGACAUUGACUCAUUCGGAAGCUGAAAAUCAUCUUUUCACUGGCAUUGGUGAGUACUCUUGCUUUGACUCCAACUGUUGAUUCUCUGUGCAACUACUAUCUUUUGCAUCAGUAUAACUUCAAUCUAAAUCAUCAAUGAAAGACUGUUCACAAAACUCAAAAUGGAAGUAUCAUGUUUUCUUGAGUUUUAGGGGAGAAGACACGCGCUUAGGCUUCACCGAUCACCUAUAUGCAGCUUUGGUGCGCAAGAGUAUAAUAACUUUCAGAGAUGAUGAAGAACUUGCAAGAGGUGAAGUAAUCUCACAAAAGCUACUCCAUGCCAUUGAGGAAUCUCUCUCAGCAGUUGUCAUAAUCUCCAAAAACUAUGCUAACUCAGCUUGGUGUUUGGAUGAGUUAGUCAAGAUUCUCGAAUCUAAACGCUUGUCAGGACAACAAGUGUUCCCUAUUUUCUAUGGUGUGGAUCCCUCUGAUGUAAGGAAUCAAAGGGGAAGUUUUGAUGAGGCUUUUAGGAAACAUGAAGAAAAAUUUGCUGAAAGCAAAGAGAAGGUGCAAAAGUGGAGAGAUGCAUUGAGAGAGGUCGCCAACUUGUCAGGCUGGGAUUCUAAGGAUCAACAUGAAACAAAACUCAUUGAAGAAGUUGUUGCACAAGUAUGGAAAAAACUGGAACUCAAAUUUCCAUCCUAUAACGAUGGACUGGUCGCGAUUGAUACAAGAUUGGAAGAAUUAUAUUCAACUCUGAAGAUAGGUUUCGAGGAAGUUCGUUUCAUAGGGAUAUGGGGUAUGGGUGGGAUAGGCAAAACGACUCUUGCCACAGCUCUCUUUAAAAAAAUCAAAAGUCAGUUUAAUGUAAGUUGCUUCAUCACUAAUGUCAGGGAGGUAUCUGGUGAAAGAAACGAAGGUAUGCUACAGUUACAAAAUAAAAUUCUUUCUCAUCUGAACAUCAAAGGAAUGGUAAUUGAAACAUUAAGCGAAGGAAAGGACAGCUUAAGAAACCUUUUAUCCAACAAAAAGGUUCUUCUUGUCCUUGAUGAUGUAAGUUCUAAAAGCCAACUUGAGAAUUUGGCUGGAAGCCAAGCAUGGUUUGGUCGAGGGAGUAGAAUUAUAGUUACGACUAGGGAUAAACACCUCUUGAUAUCACAUGCUGUAUUGUUUGAAAUGUAUGAGAGUAAAAUCUUGAAUAAAAGUGAAUCCCUUCAACUGUUUUGUGAAAAAGCUUUUAAAAAGGACAAGCCGGAAGAAGAUUAUUUUGAGUUAUCUAAAAGUGUGGUCGAAUAUGCUGGAGGCCUUCCUUUGGCUCUUGAAGUGUUGGGUUCUUUUCUUUGCGGAAGAAGGAUAUCUGAUUGGGAAGAUGCUUUGAUCAAAAUUAAAAAAGUUUCACAUGAUGAUAUCGUAAACAAACUUCGAAUAAGUUAUGACAUGUUAGAAGAUGAACACAAGACUAUAUUUCUAGAUAUUGCCUGUUUUUUUAAGGGGUGGUAUAAACAUAAAGUGAUACAGAUAUUGGAAAAUUGUGGCUUCCAUCCAACACUUGGAAUAAAUGUUCUUAUAGAAAAAUCACUAGUAACUUUCGAUGGAAGAGUUUUUGGGAUGCAUGAUAUGCUAGAAGAAAUGGGUAAAACCAUAGUUUUUCUAGAAUCUCCUAAUGAUCCCGGCAAACGGAGUAGAUUGUGGUCUCUAGAGGAUAUUGAUGAAGUACUAAGGAAAAAUAAGGGAACUGAACUUGUUCAAGGUAUUGUUUUGAAGUCAUCACCAUCUAUGUCAUUUGAAGCGCGUUGGAACCCUGAGGCUUUCUCAAAGAUGUGUAAUCUUAGGUUACUCAUUAUAUUAUGCGAUUUGCAUCUUUCACUUGGUCUGAAAUGUCUUUCCAGCUCACUAAGAGUAAUUGUAUGGCGGGGAUAUCCAAUGAAUACUCUACCACUUGGAGUUCAACUGGAUAAGCUUGUUCAUUUACAAAUGGUCAGUAGUAAAGUCAAACAACUGUGGAAGGGAACUCGGUAUUUCGGAAAGCUGAAAGUAAUCGAUUUGAGUAAUUCCAAAAAUCUACGCCAAACUCCAAAUGUCUCUGGCGUUCCAUACCUUGAAGAGCUGCAUCUUAAUGAUUGUACAGACAUUGUUGAAAUUCACCAGUCUGUUAAAGAGCACAAAAAGAUCGAGAUAUUGAGCUUGAUAGGAUGUACGAAUCUGAAAACCUUUUCAAGUACAUUGGAAAUGGAUUCCUUGAAAAUGCUCAUUAUAUCUGAUUGCUCAAACAUUUCAACACUUCCGGAUUUUGGGAAAAAUAUGAUAAGCAUGUCAGUGCUUAAUUUAAUGCACUGCAAAAAUAUUGUGUGCCUUCCAAAUAGCAUUAGUAACCUGAAGUCUCUCAAAAUUCUCAAUAUAUCUGGAUGCUCAAAAAUUUGUAGCCUGCCAAACGGUAUAAAGCGAAACACGGCUCUGGAGAAUCUUGACUUGAGUAGAACUGCUAUUGGAGAAAUGGAUCCCUCCCUACUUCAAUUAGGGAAUCUCAAAAUAUUAUCUUUAAGUGGAUGUGGCUUGCCAGCUUCCGACUCUCGACAGGACGUGAGUCGGCUAUAUAGGAAUCGAUUAAGGUAUUUCUCAGCUGACACGGGCUUAAUAUUGCCUUCUACUUUCUCAGGUCUUUCCUCAUUAACUGUUUUGGAUUUGAGCUAUUGUAAUCUCACUGAUGAUUCAAUUCCCCAUGACAUUGACGGCUUAUCAUCAUUGGAAAGACUAAUUCUAUCUGGGAAUGAUUUUCUGCGCCUACCCACUUGCUACUUUGUUAAUCUUUCAAAGCUUCGCUAUCUUGAAUUAGAAGACUGUCCUCUGCUUCAUUCUGUACCAUUGCUUCCACCACAUAUAUGCUUGUAUUCAACAGAUUCAGAUGCAAAGGAAUCUAAGAUAUUGGAUCCUCAAAAGAUAUGGAAGCUGUUUGAGUCAAGCAACAAAGAACUCUUUCUCUCACCCGUGUCUUUGAUAGUUGAUUACCCUUAUCCCGUGUACACGGAAAUCCCUUCGAGAUUUGAUAAUCAUAAUUUUUUUCCCUUGAGCUCAUCAUAUGUGUCAGAAGCUGACUCAAUUGCAUCAAUAACAGUAAAAAUCCCUACUGAUUGUAGUAGUUCAAGUAAUGGGUGGGCAGUUGCUGUAUUUGUGGCGUUGGAGGAAAUUGAUGAAGGCUUACGGGCCAGAGAAAAGCUGCUUGACAAUACCAAACCAGAUUCGAGGGGAAAUGAGCACAUUGGUUAUUUAAUCCUAUUGAUAAUAGUGUUAUUUCUUUUAAUUUGUGUAUGGUUUCGUGUUCCAAUAAAAACCACUACCAAACACAUGCGCAUGCGUUGGAACUUUGAUACUUUAGAACCUGAAGAUGGCUCAUCCUUAUCUCUCUUCUCUAAUUCAACAGCAAACAAUAAGCUGUACCUGUUUACAAUGGUAGGGAGUGGUGAUUUUAUAUACAUUCGGCGACACACAAGAGGGGAGGGAAAGUCCAUGCACAGAUCCUUUAGCAAGCAUCGGAAGCCAGAGUUCAGGGAAAACAGUUUGUUGCGUUUUGAAGUGCAAGUGGAAGGGUGCAAGAUAAGGAAGUGUGGAUGGCGUGUGUUGCACAAGGAAGAUUAUCUUGAAGACCUUAAAGAGGUGAACAACGGUGAACUUUCUACGGCACCUUCAAAUUCCGAGCAUGUCAGUGGUAUGUGUGAAUCAACUAUGGAUAAAUUGAAGGGAGAGAAUGCUACUGCUUUUGAUGUGCAGAACAUAGAAAAAUCCAAUGAAAAUUUCACUUUGAGAAAAAUGUUUCAGAAUAUUAGACAAGGACUAGGUUUAAGCAUGCUAAUUUUAAUGUCAAUGAUGGUAGCUGCUACAUUAUUCCCUCUGCCUGUGCAAGGUUUCGGCUUUAAAAAGCACACAACAACAAAUGAAGUCCAGAAUAAACCAUUUAAAUCACACCGGGUUUCCCGCAAAACUGUAUUGAAGGUCAAUACACCACAAUUACAAAGCAGUCAUCGAUUCAAUGUGAGACAACGGUUGUCAUUUCCACUAUACCAGCUUUCAAGGAGGACUAAUUUCUCUCAGACUCACUUUUGUUCUUACUUAACUAGAUGAAGUAGUUUUUGUGUUGUGCUCUAUAUCCCUUGACUAUGGUUCCAUUGGAAGUAUGUUGAUUUUGUCCACUCAUUUUAAAAUUGAGAGCUUGUUUAUUGCAUAUGAAGCCAUGAUCGGGGGAAGACGAUGGUGUGAGGCGUAGAGAGAGAGUUAAGGACCUUUAGAUUAGAAAUUCAUAAGUAGGAUACAAUAAAUUGUAUUAGAAAGAUCAUGCUUUGUUUAUCUGGAAUCAAUAGAAUUAUUAGUUCUUCAAAGUUUGUAAUUUUGUUUGUGUUUUAGGGACAAGUGUUAAAAGUGAGAGCUUGUUUAGUGCAUAUUAGCAGGAGCACGAUGCAGGAAAUAAAGAAUGGUUUGAAACACAUGAAUGUGAAGAAGAAUAGAUUAAAAUCCCAUUUGUGGAUUGGAACUGAAAGAAGACUGUGUGGAGUGGAGAGGUAUAGGCACGCGAGAAACAUAAGGGUUGGUGUUGAAGUGUGUGGUUUUAGUCUAGAGCCCACAUCGAUUAGUUGACAAGUAAAAGUAUGCUGUUAGCAUAUAAAAAGAAACGAUUCCAUCUAUAUCAAGUCACGGAGCCGUGUGAUGAACACAAAGCGAACUAUUCUUUCGCCUUUUACUAAAGAAUACCGUGUGUGCGUCACUAAAAGCGGCAUACGCCUAUUUUUGAAAGAGUUCUCUUUUGAGAGCUCUGCAA